AGUAUUAAGGUCAUGGCGGCGUUGCAGAGCGCGAGACAGAGAAAGAAAACUCUCUGAACGAUCUCCCUCUCUCUUAAGUACUCCCCCAUACCGACAAACCAACUUUUAUCAGUCCCAAAAGCUUUUCGAUUUCUAGAAACAAACCCCUAUACUAUAACUCUACAUUCCUCCAAUUAGUAAAUCUCUUUUCGUCUUCUUCUUCUUCUCACCCAAUUAGUCCGAGAGAGAUUAGAAACAUCUUUUCUUCUUUCGCUAGACCAGAAGGUGUGUGGUGGGAAUUAUGAGAGCUGAGUGAGAGGGAAAAGAGAAGCCCUUGAAAAUUGGUAAUUUAUGGCUGGUGGUGUCGGAAAAUGGCAGCCUUUUUCUCGCUAGGCAACGGCGGAGGAGACGGAGGAGGAAGCAGCCAAGACGAGCACCACCACCACCACCACAGUUCCAACACUAGUAAUUAUAACCCUUCUCCAUCCGGAACAGAAUCUUGGCUCUGGUGCAGAAACCCUAAUUCAAACGCAAACGCAAACGCAAACGCAAACGCAAACGCUGGUGGUGGAGACAUCGCUCCUUCUUACAAAGGAACCCUUGAGCUAUGGCAACAACACCCAAGCAAUCAAGAAAUGCUUUUCCAGCAGCAACAAAGGUUGGAUCUUUACACUUCCGCUGCAGGUUUAGGCGUUGGACCAACCAACCGGACCUUGUUUGAAACCUCCGGCGACGCUUUGAUGAUGAUGAGAAGCGGUGGCAGCGGCGGACCGAACUGCCAGGACUGUGGGAACCAAGCUAAGAAAGAUUGCGCUCACAUGAGGUGUAGGACUUGCUGCAAGAGCCGAGGCCUUGAGUGUCCUACUCACGUGAAGAGCACGUGGGUUCCUGCCGCCAAACGCCGAGAACGCCAGCAGCAGCUCGCCUCCGGUCAGCAACCGCAAGGCCUGAGCGUUCCUAAACGGCAGAGAGAGCACAUCCCGGCGAGAUCGACUUCCCUUGUCUGCACUCGUAUACCUAGUCACAACCCAUAUGGGUUAGGGGUUGGGAACUUUCCGCCGGAAGUUAGCUCGCCGGCAGUUUUCCGGUGUGUACGUGUGAGUUCGGUGGAUGAUGGGGAAGAUGAGUAUGCAUAUAAAACAGCUGUGAGUAUAAGCGGUCACGUUUUCAAAGGUAUCCUGUACGAUCAAGGCCCGGCCGAGAGAAGCUCCUCCGUCGGUGGAUCUCAGCCGUUGAAUCUGAUAACCGCAGGCCCAUCGGCGUCUUCAUCAAGCCCAAACGUGAGCUGCAACAAUGGAGUCGUUGGCUCCACUUCAGAUCAUUACAUUGAUCCUGCCUCGCUUAAUUAUCCUACUCCGAUCAACAGUUUCAUGACUGGUACGCACUUCUUCUCCAACCCAAGAGCUUGAAUUCCUCACAGAUCAUAACAUUUUCGAUUCUUACAGUAGAAUUAGUGAUUUUGAACUGAGGAGGAGGGGUUUAAUUAUAACGGUGAUCUGUGUUGUCAAGAGUAAUUAACCUCCCAAUCCGGAGA